UGAUAACGAGGAGCGGCUAAUGCGACUUUUGGUUGUUGUUGAUGGUGAGCCAAGAUGGACAGCGAGCGGGUGAUGUUUUGCCCGUUUUGUGGGGAACAUAUGAGCCGAUUGACGCGGUUUUGUUUUUCGUGUGGUCGGUCUUUAGAGUGUUUAAAUGGCGCAGAUCAGACCGACAGAGCAGAAACACAGGAGACAUCUCAACCAUCGGUUAAUGCUAAACAGGCAGAAAAAUCGUGUCCAUCAUAUAAGCAUUUCCUGGAGUACAGAAGCUCAAAGUCAAAGGAGCGGCAGUCAUGUAACUACAGGCCGCGUGGAAGACAUCGGGCUAAACAACGAAAUCAUGUCCAGAUAAACAUUGGGUUGAUGAUGCCACAUGGAAAUGAUGGAACUGAUUUCAAACCUGUAAGAGGGAAAAGUCUUCCGUUAUUUGUUGACCCAGAGGUCGAAGCACCUGAUCUUCUGAAACAAGCUGUGAAGAAAAUGAGAACAUUCAACAAGGACGUGCCAGAAGGACCAUAUGUCCUUUUGUAUCCAGACUGCUCAGAGGUGGUCCAUGUGCCAGGGUCAGAAAAAACGUUCAAACUGGCUGAUUAUAAAAAGGAACUAGGGAGGCCAUACUGCAGGAUCAACUUUUUCAUUUGCCUUGAAACACAUUUCAAAGGAGAAGUGGGAGAUACCUCAGACUCUGAUUCUGAAAUUAUCAUCACAUCAAGGAGCACAGCUGAAUUUAAUCAAGCUGACACUGUGGUUUUUGAACCACCAAACCAAAGUACUCCCAAACACAAAACUGAAGAUAAAAGAAAUGCACUACGACAUUCAACAACAAUUCAGCCUGGACUGAUAGAAAUAUCUGAUGCUGAGGAUAUGGAUCCACCUGAAACUAAUUCAGCUAAGACUUCUUGCUAUGGUAAAUACACGGACCUGUAUGCACCAGGUGUUGAGGAAGAUGACGAGGAGCUGGUUACAGUCACUGAGGAAAUUUCCCAGCACACAGCAAGGGAGGAGAUGAACAUAACACUACCUGACGUUGUGGCAAAUCUGUCACUUCCUAUUGAUCACAAAAAUGUCUGCAGAUUCAACAUCUCAAGGGCUAAUGUUUGGGAUGGAGCAGUCAGAGGUUUCAAGCGUACAACAUAUUCUGAAACCUAUGACAUGCUUGUCAGAUUUACUGAUGAUGCUGGUGUCUUUGAGGAGGGAAUUGAUACAGGUGGUCCAAGAAGAGAAUUUUUAACUCUGCUAAUGAAACACCUGAAAGACCGACCCAUUUUUGAUGGACCAGAAGGACAUCGGUUCUUGGUCUACAAUGCAAAUGCUGUUAGGGAGGAUGAAUACUUCAUGGCAGGAAAGAUGAUCGCAGUGUCAAUUGUACAUGGAGGUCCAGGACCCCAUUUCCUGUCUGAAGAUCUUGUACAUUACCUUGCUGGCCAGCCUUCGUUCAAAGCUGCAGUUAGUUUAAUAACUGAUGAAGAAAUAGGGAAAGCUUUGCGAGAGAUUGAGAAUGCUACUUCAUUGGAUGCUCUGCGGGAAUGUAUCCUGAGACACAGCACAAUGUUACAAACAGCAGGCUGUCUGAGACAUGUGGCUGCUCUGGGAGAGAAGAAAGAAGUUGUGGCAGACUACCUCAGAUGGUAUAUUAUUGACCGCAACUCAUCUGUAAUUGACAGAUUCAAAGAUGGUCUUACUACCCUUCAGUUUCUUAAUGCACUACAACAACACCCUUCUUUGCUGUCCCCUGUCCUGUGCCACACUGCAAAGCCACUCACUGGCUUGGAACUUGAGAGACUCUUCAAACCUAACCUCAGCCCUUCAGGGAGUAACAGGAGACUAAAAGAAAGUCAAACUUUGGCCUACUGGGCAGACUACCUCCUUGAUUGUGAAGAAGGCAAGGCCUCUGUGUCUGUGGAGGAUGUUUUGAUGUUUGCAACUGGGCUGUCAUCACUUCCCCCUUCUGGUUUGGAACCACUGCCUCAAAUACAGUUCCUGGAUGACUCUCCAUUCCCGAUGGCAAAUACAUGUUCAAACUUGCUAAAAUUACCACUCCUUGAUUCAUACAGUAUGUUUAAGUCACAAAUGGACUUUGGAAUUGAAAAUAGUCCAGGAUUUGGCUGUUUUUAAACCACAUGACUAGAUUACCUCUGGAGCAGUGUUUCUCAAACUUCUCACAUCAAGUACCACCUCGUAACACAUUUGACAAGCAAAGUACCACCUCAUUAAAUAUAUGACCUUCCAAGUACCACCAGGACUAAAUCUGGAGAAAACCAGGUCCAAAAGGAAUCUUAAUUAAAGCUAAACUGGUCUGAAUUUUGUGUGAAGUAGGUGUAAACUAUGUCUGAACCAGAAAAGUGCCUAACUUAAACACAUUACUAAACCAAACUAAAUUAUCUCUAAUUAAAAUGAAUAAAGUAGAUGCAGAUGACCCUGAGUACCACCAGCAGCACACAUACCACCGUUUGAGAAACACUGCUCUAGAGCUCAGACUUUAGAAAUGUUUUGUUCUAAACUUGCUGUUGUUGGUGCACUUAAAGGUGCGGUUAGAUCUCAAUCGUUUUAGAUCCAUUAUUUUUAAACUGUGGUCUGUUUAUGAAUCACUGUUAUGUAUUCAGAUUAAUUUUAGAAUGAGAGGAGCAUUUCAGGAGAUUUUGUUCUCGAAAAAAAUGUUAAAAUGUAGUAACGGGGUAUUACUUUGCUUUAUUUUUUAUUCAUAUAUUUUCCGCUUUGAAUUAAUGAAGCCGUGACAAAUUCAGACACGUUUGUGUACAUGUUCUACCAUUCCAAUAAACAUGUCUUCUUUCAUA